AUGUCUGAAUACGUUAAAGCCUACUUUGCAAAGGAUGUGUUGAAGGACGCAUCUGCUGAAUAUAAACAGAGAAGAAGAAAACAGAUGCUAUUUUUUUAUGGAGCAGCAGUCGCAACGUUUUUUUCAGCACAUUUUGUAUUUCGUGGAAUUCAAACAAGAAGAUAUAUUCCAAGUUUGUUUAACGCAAACCAUAGACCGUUACCAUCGUCACCUCAUAGCGAUGCUAUUGCAGCACUCACAUACUCAACAAUGAUGACGACGAGUUCUAUUGCCUGGAUGGUAUUCGGGGCAGGCUGGAUAUUUGAUAUCUCCUCUAUUGGAGAGUUUGGGCAAAAAAUGCUGAACUUGUUUGGCAAUGACCAGAUUGAAGAUGGCCACAACAAUAAUUCGCAGAAUGACAAAGAGGUUGAUAAGGCUACAAGAAAUUUGGAGAAAAGCAUUGGUGAGUUUAUCAAUGCCCAAAUAAGUGACCAAAAGUAG